GAUCGCUGUCUCGUGGUCUCGACCGUAUCUUGGAUCGACCUCUACUAAAAUCGUCAAUGGAUUCUCAAGAAAAAAAAAAGGGAAAACCUAGAUCCUCAGAGAUAGAAAUCGCAUCGUUUCCUCGUCGCCGCCUGCGUCUUCCUUCUUGCGAUGCCUAUAUGCCUUGCUUAAUUACCUGAAGCAGAGAGAGUACCAUUGCACAGUUGCACGGUUCAGAGUAAUCUUUGUGCCUCCCAAUGGCGUCGACGACGACCAAGCGCGCUUCCUCGGCCUGGGCGGACCUGCCGCCGGACCUCCUGGGCCUCGUCCUGCGGCGCCUGCACUCCCUCGCCGAUCGCGCCCGCGUCGGCGCCGUCUGCCGGCCGUGGCGCUCCGGCGCUCGCCUGCACCGGGACAACCUGUCCCCGGCGAUGCCCUGGGUCGCGCUCGGCGGCGCGGCCUACGUCGACGUCGUCAACGGCGACGCCGCGCGCAGGCUGAGCCUUUGUGUCCCCGAGAAGGCCCGCUGCCGCGGCUCGGACGGCCACCUCCUCUUCCUCACGCGCGCCGCCACCGGCGCGUGCUUCCUGGCGGACCCCUUCUCCGGGGCCGUGCUCCCCGUCGCCGACCUCGCCUCCUUCAUCAAGGAGCUGACCCGCGGGGAGAUGUUCUCGCGCAGCUUCGGCCUCAGCCUCAGCGUGCGCGUCCACAAGGUGGUGCUGCUCUGGCCUCCCCGCCAUGGCUCCUCGUCGGUGCCCGUGGUCGCCGCGAUGGUGAAGAACAGGGCCAGCCAGUACAAUACGAGUAUACGACCGUCUUCGUCUGCAGGGCGGGGACGGACACGGGCGUAGGCAAUGAGAGCUACGGCGCCAUGGCGGUGGACCUCCCGCUCGUCAAGGACGUGGCGUUCUUCCAUGGAGACCUCUACGCCCUCUCGACGCGUGACGAGCUCCUCGCCGUCCAGUUCUGCGAGGACCCCCGCGGCAACCCGGUGAUCACCGCCGUCAAGUACGUGAUCAAGAGCCCGGACGACGGAGAUGCCGUACGCGCACGACGGGAUCCGCCCCGCCAGCGAUGUGCGUCUCGUCCAAUCCGGCGACCAACUGCUGAUGCUGAGACGGUGGGUCAUCGACGACGGCGGCGACAGCACCAGCGUCUUCGAUGUCUACGAGGCAGAUUUUGGCGCCAGCCGGUGCCGGUGGAAGCCGGUGAGCGGCCGCGCGCUCUUCCUGGGGCGGUGCUGCUCCAAGUCCGUCCCUGUCGGCGAUGGCCAUUUCGGCGCCGAGGAAGACUGCAUCUACUUCGUGCGCCACGCCGGCGACUCUGGCAUCUACGACAUGGAGUGCUGCAGGGUGAGGCCGCUGGUGCCGGACACCAAGGUUCUCCGGCGACACGGGCGGUCGUGGAACCCGACGUGGGUUUUCCCUGACCAGUCCAUAAUUGAGGCCCAUUAUUAUCUGAUGAAGGAGUCAUUGGCGCAGGGUGCUGUGUAAAUGUGUAAAUAUUCUGCUUUGGAUGUCCUAAUGAUCCAAAUAUGUGCA